CUACUACUCCGUGGUGGUAUGUACAAUACGUUUUAUCAUUCGCACGUAAUGUGUCAAUGAGUGAGGUGGGUACUGAUCGUGAGUAAAAGUGAGUAAACGUGCGCGUCGCUCAAGGAAUUGAGUGAUUAAAUAUUCCAGAAUUGUGUUGUCGUUUCUCCGCCUGUCGCAUCAGAGAAAAUGUAAAUACACAAUUCAAUUCCCAGACAAUGGAAAUAUUUGAAUUGAAAGAUAUCAAAACCGUGCCUGAUCUAGUUUACGAAUAUUCGGCGAAAAUAAAGAACGAUGCAACGCCACUGAUCAUUGACAAUGGUUCGUAUAAUUGCCGAGUUGGCUGGGCAAUAGAAAAGGAACCACAGUUGAUAUUUAAAAAUUUGAUAGCGAAACCGCGUAAGGAACGGGGUAAAAAAGAUGGUGAAUUGCAAGUGGGCAAUGACAUAGUAAACAUUGAAGCAGUUCGUUUUCAAUUGAAAACCCAAUUCGAUCGUAACAUCGUAACACAUUUUGAGGCACAGGAGCAGAUAUUUGACUACACAUUUACUCACAUGGGAAUUGAUACUGAAGGUUCCGUGGAGCAUCCAAUUGUCCUCACCGAAGCUUUUCUAAAUCCCAAUUACUCGAGAAAUUUGAUGGCCGAGCUUUUAUUCGAAUGCUAUGGAGUACCCGCUAUAUCCUAUGGAGUUGAUUGUCUCUUUUCAUAUCACCACAACAAUUGUCCACCGGAUGGUCUAAUCGUCAGUAUUGGCUACCAUGCAACUCACAUCAUUCCAGUACUUGAUGGGAAAGUUGAUCCUACUAAAGCGAGGAGAAUUAACAUUGGUGGUUACCAUAUCACUUCUUACAUGCACCGAUUACUUCAGCUCAAGUACCCGGUGCACGUCAAUGCAAUAACACCAAGCAGAGCAGAAGAGCUGAUUCGUGACCACUCAAUAGUUGCUUUAGCAUAUCAAGAGGAAAUAUCAAAAUGGGCUGAGCCAGAUUAUUAUGACAUGAAUGUACUCAGAGUACAAUUACCUUAUGUAGCUCCAGCGAGCACACCUGGUCUAACUGUAGAACAGCAAAAAGAAAGGAAACGAGAACUCGCUCGACGACUGAUGGAAAUCAAUGCUCGCAAACGGGAGGAAAGGUUAGCUGAGGAUGAAGAACAGCUGAACCAGCUAAUGGCUGUUCAGGAUCUCCUUGAAGAAGGGGAAACUGAUGAAUUUGAAGAAGCACUAAAAUCGUAUUGCUUAUCGAAUGAAGCUGACUUAAUUAAAAUGAUAAAUAAUUUACAGGCUAAGGUUGAAAGAACUAGACAGAAAAUAGUAGCAGCUAAUUCUCAUGAAGAAAAUAUUGUUAUCGAAGAGCCAAAACCUAAAAUAAAAUCAAUUCUUCAACCCAAAGAUCAGCAAGAUUUUGAUGAAUGGAUCACUGGUGUUAGAAAGAAAAGGCAAGAUAUAUUAGACAAACGACUUGCUAAACGACAACGCAGGCAAGACAUGGCUAAACGAAGGACCGCUGCGGCACAAGAAAGAAUGAGAAUAAUUAGUCAGUUAGCAAGAAAGGAAAAACGUGAUGACGAUUUUGGUAUGAGGGAUGAAGACUGGGAUGUAUACAAAGCAAUUAAUCGAGAAGGAGGCGAUUCUGACUCUGAGUUGGAACAAGAAAAACUUCUUGAACUUGAAGAUGUCCUGAGACAUCAUGACCCUGAGUUCGACGGUGCUGGGUCUUCCAUCCCCUUGGUACCUGGAGAGACACACCAGCUUCACAUUGGUGUGGAGCGAUUGCGAGCUCCAGAACUAUUGUUUCAGCCAUCCAUGAUCGGAUCUAUUGAGGCUGGUAUCGCAGAAACUAUUGAAUUUGUCCUGAAAAAUUAUUCACAAGAAAAACAGAAGCUUUUGGUUGCUAAUAUAUUCCUCACCGGAGGAUCUGCAACUUUUCCAGGUCUUCUUGAAAGAUUGAAGCGAGAAUUGAGAGAGAUCAGGCCUUUCAAGUCUAGUUUUCAAGUAAACAUAGCAAAGAAUACUAGCUUAGAUGCGUGGUAUGGUGCAAGAGAUUUUUCAUUAAAUGGUAACCUUUCUGAGUAUUUGGUGAACCGUAAAGAUUACGAUGAAAAGGGAGGUGAGUACUUGAAAGAGCACUCUGCAAGUAAUACGUACACUUGGUCACCUGAUCCUCUUCCAAUUCAAAUUCCACCAAUUGCUGAGCAGAUUGUCGUAGAAGAAGCUAUAGUCGAUGUUGAAAUGGAAUGAGAAGGGCCCUUAUAAAUCUGUUACACGUUUGUAAUUAGAAGACACAACAUAAAUUGUAGUUUGCAAUUAGAUAUGAGCUUUGACUGGAAGUGUGCUGUUUAUACUUUUGUGAUUUCAAAUUUGAACUGUUUAAUUAAAAACCUUCUUCAGUUCAGUUAUAGAUUUAAAAUUCAUGAAAGUUCUUUCUCUUGUUGUUUCGAAAAGAUUAUGCAAAUUUUAUGUACUGCGUAGUACAGAUAUAGUCGGAAAAUUUCUGAUGGUAAUAAAUAUUUUAAAUACCUAUUAUACUUUACAACUAAGUUAACAAUUUUUUUAUAGUAAAUAAUUCAAACAAAUCAAAGGUACAGUAAUGGCACUUGAAUCUUACGUGAUAAAGAAUACACGGUGGUGUUGUCCUCGGCCCUCUCCAAGAUGAAUAACAAAAUUCGAUCGAGCUCAGUUACGAGUUUAUAAUACUCGUAUAAAAAUUGGGUAAUAAAGAGGGAGGGGGGGAGCAAUCAUUUGUCUAUGGAUUUCUACUUUAUUACAUGUUUCUUUCGUUCAAGAUAUUUCGAACAAACUGCAUUGUAGCUUGUUCACCUAUCACAAUUUACAUCUUCGCUUGGACUUCACCUUCCAAAGACAAUUAUGCAACUAUUUUUUUAUUUUAUUUUUGGAGAUAAUUAUAUCAGUUUAUAGUGAUUUAGGUGGCCUAGUAAAAAUUGUGAAAGUUAUCCCUCACAUUAGCAUUAGUUCACCUACAGCGGCCCCAGUGUAACGCUCCAACCUAGGUCCACAGCUUAUCCUAACAUCACAAUGUAAUAUACUGAAAAUAUCAGACCCACUAGGCUUUCUAUAGCUAGGCUACAUGUUCAGUAUUCUUAUAUCAAUUCUUCUAGCAGUGAAAUUGUAUAAGGAGCCGAUUCUUCACACUUGCUAUCAUUUGAAACAAUCUAUAUCGUUGAAGGUACUUCACCAAAAAAAAUUCGUAGACACAAAUAAAAAAAAUAUGUAGUUAUAUUAAUAAAUAUUAGAAGCGUUACAUGACGUAGUGGUAAACUCAUACUACCAUGACUUAUUGAUUUCGUGCAUUACUUUCAGUUUGUUGAAUCAGCUCAAUUCACAGCCAUAUAACGCUUUUGUGGGAGAACUUCCAUAUGCAGUGGCAUUGCAAAUUAUUGUACUGAAGUAAAUUAUGUUAGGAAAGAUAAAACUUCAGAAUUUACUUAUAGCACAUCGGGUCUAAUUGAAUUAAAACAAGUUUGUUCAAAACUGUAUCACUUUAUCUCAUCUCGAAAACUUUGUCAAGGGCAUUUUAUUCGUGUGUAUUCAAGCAAAAUCUGCUAUAACAGAAGCCUCGUCACUAAAGCCUGGAACAUCUUUUACUUUGAAUUCAAAAUCCUGUAGUUUAAAAUAGAUUCUGGGCUCCAUUAAAUAGUCUAAAUGACUUUUAUCCAAUCAUGUAGAAUUAUCCAAUGGAGCAAUUAUUUUAACCUAAAUUAAAAAAAUAUAUAAAACGAAACAAGGUAAACACGGCUUGAAUUAUGGCAGCUCUUACAUUGGCAUCUGGUCAUAUGCUUUACAAUACAGCCUGACGUAAUACAGUAUUCAAAAGCGGCUCUGAGAGACAAUAAUGCAUAUAUUUAUAAUCGUCAAAAACUCGUUGAGAAAUUAUAUAAAUCCAAGGAUAUAAGCAGCACUGCCUUGGAAUUGAUACUUGCUCAAUAAAACACGGUCAUGUUUCAACAGAGAGCGUUUGAAAAAUAUAUUAAUAAUAUAAUCUUUUUGUGCGUUUGAACAAUAAAAUAGUAAGCAAAUGGUAGGUAUGCAAAAAUGUCAAUGUAAUUCUAUAGUGUUGAUUAAUAAUUCAAAAAGAACAUGUUUAAUGCUUCGGCAGGUGAAAUUACCAUAUUUGUCUGAAUAUAAGUCGACCUCCAAUGUUAAGACUUCAUUUCAGGGAUUUUUCUUAUAAACCGAAUACAACUCGAAUUUUACGAGAAAAUCAUCUAUAAUCACAGGCAUAUUUGUUGAUUAAUAUUGUAUUUUUCGUAUACAUUGCACCAAUAAAACUUGAGCACAUUGUAUAAAUAUCUUGUUUUUAAUUUCUUUAUACUUCAGACUGAUACUACUUGAAAAAGUUGAAGUUUGAGUUUUAAAGAUGUGUAAUUUUAUUGGUCAAAUUUUACGACAAUUAAUAUAUAACGAUGUUUUCUUAGUCGACAGAGCAAAUUUUCGACACAAAUCCCGAAUAUAAGUAGAGUACGGAUUUUGAGAAAGAAAUCAGCUAACAAAAACCUCUAUUUUCAGAUCAAUGUGGUGCUAUCAAAAUGAUUUAGGUAAUAGUCCGUCAUGAACAUUUACUAUAUUGCCACUGCAUCAGGUCUUAAAAACUUCUACGCAUUCAACUUAAAACAACAAAUCUUAGAUUAAAUAAUAUUCUUUAUAAUUAUCACAGGGUGAGGUCGCUGCAGGCUAACAUAUUGCUAAUUUUCUCAAACGAUAAUUUAGAUUAAUUCUGAAACUUUAAUGAGAGGAUACGAUGUACUAUUAUUGUAAAAUUGAGGUAGAGUCUAAUUAAAAGAUUAAAAAUUCUUUUCGUUUCUUUUUUUCUUUUCUGAAUGUGCUAAAAGUGAGGGAACUUUCGUAAUAGUAAGCUUAGCUUCCUAAGUAAAAGUAUAUGCGAUAUUAUUAUUAGAUUGUAAUAAUAAUUUGAUAAUCAUAAUAAUUGAUAAUUAGUACAACAAUGGUUAAUGUGUUAUAGUAUAAGGGGUGUAUGUAUAGUAUUUAUUAUGGUGGGUAAGGAGCAAGUGACAGCUAUGUACAGUACAUACUUGCCUCAAUUGAACCAUCGUUGAAAUGGUACCUAUGAUCAUAAUAUAUAUAUAUAUAUAUAUAUAUAUAUAUAUAUAUAAUAUUAUUGUUUACACAUAAAAUAACUAUUUAUAAUAUGUAUAUAUCAACUCAGAUAUAUACAUACCUCUGCAGUAUGUACGUAAAGAUGUGUGUUAGCCAGGAUAUGUACUGUGAAACUAUUUCAAGCAUCACUUUACUGCUAUAUAAAAUUUACUCGUUUCUUAUAUCGAUACUCGUUAUCAGUUAUGGUAUCUAUCUACUUACUCAUUGUCAUUAUUAAUUAGGUAGAUUAUUUUUUAGACAAUUUUAAUAUGAUACUAUUUUUUUUUAUUACAAUUAUAGAUUGGUUAUUAAUAUAUAUAUUUGUAUAUAUGAUACUGCGGCUGGUUGAUGGUGUCGUUUGUUCAUCGGUUGCAGCGUCGCUCGAGGGUAUGCAAGCUCAUGGCACCCUGGCUUGUAACGAAUCUCGCUAUUGCUACUCUAUGCAGGCCUACAUAAAUCUUACGGUAAGCAUGGUAAAGCUCUAUAAAAAUAACAACUAUCCUACGUAAACAUAUUACAAAAAUAAAUGGCAUUGUACUCUGUUAAAGAAGCAAAAUAGUACACACACAACAUCGAGCGACGCAACUAAUCUAUCCUCAUAUCAUUUCCUUUCCGUUUCGUAUCUUCUCUUUAACAAAAGUAUUGUAGUGAUUCUGUACUUAUAACGCUGCACACGGAAUUCUCUACGUGUAAUUUUCGACUGGAUGGCAUCUAGUAUCUGUCUCUAUACUUUCACUUAGUUACGCAGGUAGUCACUGGGAUAGUUAUGCGUUUGUCGAUUUUAUGGAUAGGGCGGACCUACAAAUUGUGGGAAUAGCCCAAUUUUUAAUUAUGAUCAAUGUGUUUGGGAGACUAAGUUUUUUUGCUGGGAAGUAUAUGAAUUCAUGGACAUCUGUAAGUGACCACUGUGUAUAAACCAUUGCAGGGCACUAUAUAUGAGGCACAAGUAACAGUCGUUUUGUCUCAAGUUCCGGGAGGUCGUAGUUUAAGAAAUUUUUUUCUACUCAAUUUUCGUGUUUCGAUGAUUAAUUUCUUUUUACUUCAAUUAAGUUACAAAAGCUGGGGUGUAUCAACUAAUAGAAAGAUUCAGUUUAAGUAGGCUCCGACAAUUUGGUGAAGAUCCAACGUUUUCAAAAAGUUUAGAAACUCAUGUUACAGUAGAAGAAGCUCCUUCUUAAAAAGAAUAAGUGCAUAUUUUCAGAUUUUCAUAACUUGCAUAAAAAGUCCUAAAUUUUAGAAAAUUUUUGUAGUGAUCUUAUAUAAUUGAUUAAAUUUUGUGUGAUGUGGUCGAUAGUUUUGUCACCAUGUUUUGGUCAAUUUUUUUUAUUACGCACUUAAGAAUGGUUUUCUGUAACAAAAAAAUACCGACUUUUGGUUGAAGAAAUUUUCUGGGGUGCUUAGAUUGAUGUUUUCCUUUACACCAAUUGAAUUAUAUGAAUAUAUGUAUUUUACACCAGUUGAACCUCCUUAAAAAUAUUUCUGGAAGGUUUUAUUAUGUUCGUUUUGUAUCAAUGGUGAAGCUAAAGAAUGAAAUUAUAAGAAUCUGAUCAGUGUCAUAAAUAAGCUCUAGAAAUCAAAGAGGAAA